AUGGGAUCAUUUUAUAUCUGUAUGAGAAGAUUUAAGAUUGAGAUUGUGGAGAAGGGGGAUAUGAAAGGUGAGGUCUAUCCAUUUGGCAUAGUUGGGAUGGCCAACAAAGGGGAUUGCCUGCAGAAAGGGGAGAGUGUCAAGUUCCAGUUGUGUGUCAUGGGCCAAAAUGCACAGACUAUGGCCUACAACAUCACACUCCUGCGUAGGGCCACAGUGGAGUGUGUGAAAGGUCAGUUUGGCUUCAUUAACUAUGAAGUAGCAGAUAACAAGAAACUCUUUUUCCAUGUGAAAGAAAUUCAGGAUGGCAUUGAGCUACAGGCAGGAGAUGAGGUGGAGUUCUCAGUGAUUCUAAAUCAGCGCACUGGCAAGUGCAGCAGCGCCUGUAAUGUUUGGCAAGUCUGUGAAGGCCCCAAAGCUGUUGCAGCUCCCAGACCUGAUAGGCUGGUCAAUCGCUUGAAGAACAUUACCCUGGACGAUGCCAGUGCUCCUCGCUUAAUGGUUCUUUGUCAGCCAAAGACGUUUCAAAACAUUUUCAUCACCCCCAGAGAAAACCCAAUAGCCAUUAAGCAGUCCCUCCCCAUUCUGCCUUCCUCGGUGACCACCAAUCUGCCUUCUGUCACUGUGCCUCCACCUGUUCUGGAAUCAUACUGCGUGUGA